UUUCCAUGCAAUGGAGGUUAUGUUUCGCAAUCCAUUUCCAGAUUCCAUUCAAAAACACAUUUAAUGUUAAAAAAAAAUUCAAUAACCCACCGCUGCGAUGGGCUGUAAAUUGUAAAAAUAGAUUAACAACUACCCUAUUCCUUUCUUGUUGAAACCCUAGCAUGUCGGCGUUCCGAUUUAAAAUUUUCCUGAAAGAUAUUGCAGUACGUAGAUUUUUGAAUGCAUGGACGCGCAAUUACCUCGUAAAUACAGUUGUGAAGAGAUUCAAACGUGACAGAGCGGUGAGAGAAGUGUUACAGUGUUUCAAGCAAGUGAUAUUAAAACCACGAAGGACGUUAUUGCUAUCUGCUACGGCUGUUUGUAAAGGUCGUGGAUCGUUUAAUUGUGAUCAAGGAAUAACUGAUGAUGAAUUACAGAGCCUCCUAUCAGAGUUGGAUGAUCUACAGAAACUGGCAAAGCUGACAAUAUAUUGUACGAGCUGCGGAAAACGACUCCUAAUAGACAAGAAACAAAAUGGCGUUUCAUAUUGUGUAUGUAAGGACUCAAAACCGGCUCAAAAUUCAUCAGACGGCUGGGUUCCGUAUAUCGAGGCUAACGACGUCAUCAUUUGGAGGAAAGAGUACAAACCGGGCCAAGGGCUAUAUGCAUAUAAAGUAUACGGCCGCUACACAGAUGUCUCGGCGAGCGAUUUCGCAGCCGUCCAACUCGAUGGCGCGUACCGGAAGGCCUGGGAUAGUGCAGUGGCGGCAUUGUCUAUAGUGCAGCGGGGAGCCCACGGGUUGGCUGAUCAGGCGGUACUGCAUUGGGAGGUUUUGUGGCCAAGACUAUUCGCGAACCGCGACUACGUGUACGUGCGGCGGCACAAGGAGUUCGAUAUCUCCCUCAAACAGAACCAACCGGACGCGCAACCCGCGUUCACGAGUGUACACGCGAAAACGAAGCGAAGGGCGCACGAGAGUGAUACCGUUGAGAAUGGGAAUAAGUUAUACAUAAUAGUAUCAAAGUCGUGCGAACACCCCGACGUGCCGGAGACGAAACAUGCUAUUCGAGUUACCGAAUAUUGGAGUCACAUGGUCGUUAAGAGCUUGAACGGUGUUGAUAAGCCGGGUAUGGAGUUCGUUCUCACGUAUUACGACGAGCCUGCGGUUGGCGGAAUGCCGGGUGGUGUAGCCGCGUGGGCUUCUAGUCGAGCGGCACCAGAUUAUCUGGGCAAGAUGAGGGGUGCAGCCAGGGGGUAUAGACAAUGGGUGAUGCAAAGGGGUAAAGAGGACAUACCAGAUUUCACUCCAUUCGGCCCUGACCAAGUCAGCUACGAAGAGAAGACUGAACAGAUAAGAGAACAGGAUAUGGAGUCGUCAAAAGAAGGUCCCGAUUUGGAAAAUGGCGUCGACAAAAAAGACAAGGGCACACAGACAGAACUGUCCGAUGUGCCUUUGGAAAACGAUGUCGUUCUCGUCAAGUUCAAGAAUAGAGAAGAGAAUAUAGAAGAGAAAGGAGAGAUAGAAGAGAAGGGAGAGAAAGAAGAGAAGAAAGAGAAAGAAGGAGAGAAGGAAGAGACGCAGGAGAAGAAGGCAGAGGAAACGCCCGUGCCAGAGGGAGAUAGCAAUAAGGAAGAGGGAGACAGCAAUAACGUCAGCUGGUGGAGAUAUUUAUACCCAUUUUAUUAUUUUGUGUAAAUUAUAACUUUGAAACCACUGUCCUAUUUAAUUAUUGUAUAAAUUAAAGUGUCAACAAAUUGACGAAUUCGUUCUAAAGGUAAGAAGUACAUACAUGCAAAAAUUAGG